GUAGAAGCUCAGGACGCGGAGCCAGUGCUUUUUGUGGGCCGUUACGCAUCACAAAUUAUUGAAGCAGUCUCUCCGCGGCACCACGGGUCCUGCUGGCGUUCCAAAAUACAGGCAACACCUCCCAGAAACAGCCUCCCAGUGAGAGCUGCUACGCCGGCUUGGAGCCGGGGAGCCGAAUCGCAUCAAAGAAAAAAAUGGCCUCGCUCCGCCUCGCCCUGCGCCUGAGCCGCGAGGCCAGCGAGGCGCCCGCGCCCGCGCCGCAAGUUCAAGAAGACGAGCCGCCGGCGCGCCCGAAAAAGAAGAAGCCGUCGAAGCGCAAGCCGAAGCCCGCCGCCGCGCGCCCGAAAGCCCGAAGCCGCAAGCCGCCGGCGACGGCCGUCGGCGGCGGGACCCUCGAAAGGCUGCCCUGGGAGCUUCUCGGCGCGGUGGCCAAGUACCUGACGGUAGAAGAUGCGGCGCGGUGGCGCGGCUGCGGCCGGAGCAGCGCCGCCGGCGUCGGCGCGCUCUGGGGCGAGGACCGGCCGGAGCUUUGUGCUGGCGAGCUGAGCGCGCAGAUUUCGAGGCUCGCGUGCACGAGCGCCGAGGACGAAGAGGCGCUCUGGGCGCACCCGCACAACACGCUCUGCCAGGUAUGUGGAAACGGCGGCCGCGUCGUGGCCUGCGCCUACUGCAACCUCGUGUGGCACGCGCAGUGUUUGGCCGAGGCGGCCGCCGCGGGCGACAAGUGGCGCUGCCCCGAGUGCGUCGCGGACCAGACGGCGCCGGUCAUCGGCGCCACGUCCGCUUUUGUGAGGCGUCGCGGCGACGGCCUCGAGUUGGUUGUGGGCGGCGGCUACCACUUCAGCAGCUUCACGCCUAACGGGAGCCGCUACGUCGCUUCGUUGAAAGAAAGCGCGGCGGCCUGGCGGCGCACAUCCCAUGAAGAGGCGCCGCCGGCGGGCUUCUCGGCGUCGGACGCCCUCGCGGCCGACGACGGCACUAUACGCUGCUUCGCGCGUUAUGGUGAUGGCGAGAGGACCGAGGGCCCGGCCUGGGACGCGGUCGACGCCUGUGUGGAAAUCAACCAGUGCGUCGGGUGCCCUCGGCCGUCCUGGCUCGGUCGAGCGGUGAGGAACCGGCAUCGCCACGCCAUCGAGCAGGCGUCGCGUCGAUGGAGGACGACGCGAUGAUUCAGCACGAACGCGCCGUAAAAUUUGAUUUCCACACAGGUCGACGCGCCGCCCCUCGUGGCGGCGGCCGGCGCGGCGACGGUCUACGACGCGCUCUGGACGUUGGAUGAGGACGGCUGGCGCCGGCGGCCGCUCGCGGGCCCGCGGCCGACGCUCCGCGCGGACGCGUCGCUCGCUCAGAUCCGGAUCCGGGGCCGCGAAGUUUUGGUCGUCUUCGGCGGCUUCGCGCCCGACCUGCGGCGGCCCCUAGGCGGCCUCCACGCCCUCGACGUCGCCAGCGGCACCUGGUCGACCCUCGCACCGGACGACCUCGCGCCGAAGCCGCGCGCCAAGCCCGUCCGCGUCGCGGCGCCGGCGCCGGCGCCGCCCGCGCCGCCGGCCCAGAACACGCGCGGCCGCGCCGAGCCCGCGCGCGGCGCGCGGACGCCGACGGAAGCUAUUUUUGGUGAGCCCGACAGCGACGCGGACUCCGAGGUCGAGUUCGACGCCGACGCCGCGCCCGAGCUGCCGCCGGCCGCGGACCAGGCGCGCCUCGCGGCGCUGGGCCUGCGCGGCGCGACGCGGCCGGCGGAGCGCUGGGAGCCCGAGGUCGCGCCGCGCCGGAAGCGCGGGCCCCGCCGGAAGCGGGCGCGCGCCGCGCCGACGGCGCCGUCGCCGCGCGCGGGCCACUCGUGCACGCGCGUGGGGCGGGAGCUCGUCCUGCUCUGCGGCCUCGGCCGCGUCGAGGGCCAGUCCGGCCUGCCGCGGAGCGACUACCUCGACGAGGCCUGGUUCCUGUCCUUCGACGGCGCGACGGGCGCCGCGCGGUGGCGCCUGCCGCGGGUCCAGGGCCGGCCGCCGGGCGGCCGCGCGGGCCACGCCGCGGCCGCCGUCGGGCCGCACGUCGUCGUCUUCGGCGGCGUCAACGCGAAGCAGUUCCUGGGCGACCUGCACGUCCUCUACGCGCCCGCGCGGAUCUGGUCCGCGCCGCGGCUGGCCGGCCCGGCCGUCGCGCCGCGCAUGCGGCCCGCGCUAGUAGUCGCGCGCGCCGACGCCGACGACGCGACGACGCCGACGCUCUACGUCUUCGGCGGCACGCGCGCCUGGGGCGCCGCGGCGGCCGUGGCGACGGCGACGCAGCGCCACGACGGCGACCUCUUCGCGGUCGUGCUCGCGCCAGCGCCUGUGGCCGAGAUGUUCUAA